AAAACCAUUCAGAUGAACUUACUUUGUAAUCCAACUGGCAAAGCAAAUAAAUUCCGUGCUGUGGACUGGUUGGUUGAAAGAAACAAUCUGUAUACAAAGGUUAUAUAUUCAGGUACAGGUCCAAAUUGCACAAUCAAGCAUGUUAUAAAAGAGUCACCUCUGAUUGAAGUGUACCAAAACUGUCAUAUGACCAUUAAAAAUGCCUUCCACCUUCAACACUGCACAAUUUGGCAUACACCACCUGAUAUGACCAAGACAAUUCAGAAACUGGCUGCACGGAUCAGAGAAAAAAGUCCUCACUCAUUCAAACAAGGCCGAGAGGCUAUAGCCUCUAUCACAGACAAGGUAGUGGAUGGACUUGCAUUGAUGCAUAUGACAAUAUUAACAGAUGAUGACGAGACUGAGGAUCACUUUGAGUUUGAGGCUGAGGACUUGUAUGAUGACUGA